AACAUAGGACACACUGGUAGCAAUAUUGUUAAUUUCCCCUUGUAUCAAAUAACCAUCUUCUACUCUUCCAGCCCGGCACAGAGCCAAUAUGAACUUGUCAUAUAUGGUAGCCGUAGGCAUAAAAUUCCGCCCCCAGGCAAGACAGAGCAACUCCUUCAUCUCGUCUACCAUGCACUCUUGACACAAAGCAUUGGCAAGCGUAGCAAAGGUUUGCUUAUCAGGAAAAUAACCCUGAUCAACAGAGUUCCUCAAAACACUGUACGCUUCCCUAGUGCUCCCAUCCCAACACAAAGUAAGAAUCAAAUACUUGUAAGCCAUGUGACUGAGGGACAUCCCAUACUGAGACCUCGAAUUAUACAGCUCGAGCGCAACAUCCACCAUCCCUACUUUGCAAAAGAAGCACAAGACAGCAUUCAUGGUAACCACAUCAGGCGGAAUGCAACUCUCAUUCAUAUCCAUCAACAAAUCAUACACUUGGCGUAGCCGAUUCUCUCUCAAAAGCCUCCAAAUCAAAACAUUAUACCGAAUGGUGCCCAGAAUAUACCCUUCAGACCCUUUCUUUUUCAUAAAAAACUCCAAUGCCUCGUCCACUCUCCCACCUUUAACAAGACCCUUUAUCCACAUCCCAUACACAUGCUCCAAGGGAACCAACCCAGACAUCCCAAACUGCCUAACCAACUCAAUUGCACGCUCAAACCUAUUACUCUCACACAAUGACCCAACAAGAUAACUCACCUCCAGCCCCUGCAACUCCACCCCGCGACACAUCAACUCAUUAAGAAAAGCCUCAGCCUCCUCUAACCUACCCUGCCUACACAAACACUUAACAACAAUCACAUUGGUGGCAUGAUUCUCAUAACCCUUCAUGCGAAUCUGCUUAACAAUCGAAUCAAACGCAUUACAAUAAUUCUUUUCAACAAGGGCAUUCAACAGAACAUGGUAAGCAAAACAAUCCAAGUCCAAACCAUGAAAGCGCAUUCUACCAAACAGGUGGAGCGCAACCUCGGGUUUCCCAGCAAUGGAGUAGCCAACGACGAGCGUGUCGUCGAAGCGAACACGGUGGGCGAAGAUGCGCUUUCUGAAGGAGUGAAGGAAGUCGAGAAUAAGAGGCCUGAGGUUGGCGCGCGAGAGAAUGCGGAAGAUAGCGACGAAUGUGGCGCGUGUGUGGUGGUAACCCGGUUGGCGUCCGGCCCAGUCGAAGAACUUGAGGCAGGAGAGGAUGUCGCCAUGGGCGCCGCCGUGCCGGAGGACUUGGAGGACGAAGGGUUCGCAAAGGGGAAGAGAGAGGGCGGAGAGUGCGGCGGAGAAGUCGUCGGUGUCGGAAGAUAGGAUUUGGUAGAUACGAGGGAGGAGUGGGUCUUUGCUUCGGUGACGGGUUCGGAACCAGGUUUUGAACGAGGCAGCGACGUCGUUUCGGGUGCCGAGGAAGUAAUUUGAGGUUGAAGGUGGACAUGACGAUGACGACGACGACGACGACGAUGCUGAAAGUGACGUGCAAGGGUAAGUGUUUGGAAUCGAAGAGAAAAGGGAUUUGGAUCUGAAUCUGUGUUUAGUUACAUGUUUGAGUGAUAGCAUUGUCGAUUUGAUGAGUUGAUCUUCAAACUCUCGCGCUUUUUCCCAUUGUCGUGUUGCCUUCUAAGUGUUUGUGUAUAGUUAUUGGGGUUUUGGAGUGGUUUUUGUUUUUCAAUUUUGCAUUAGGGUGAAGUCAAAUGAACCUAGCUACAUGCACUUCUCUCAGUGGUUAAGGGUUUAUGAAUAUGAUCCUAUAAAUGCGAAGUUGAAGCUAAGCUUCUUCUCUCACUCCAUCAAUCAAAAGUUUGAGGAGCUGAGCUGAGCUGAGGAUGUUUAGGGAUGCUUCAAAUUUUCAAGUGUCAUGCUCAGUGUUUAGCGAAAGGAAGAUAAGAGGCAUCGCAUAGAGACCCCUUUCUCUAGUUCCUCAACGUCACAUCACCUGUAACCUGACAGUCUUGGUCAACACUGGAGUAAUAUCAUUUACAAUGCAAAUAAAUGAAGGGCACAACAGACUUGGCUUUGCAGACUCAAUUUUACAGUGGAGUCAGUGGCAGUUGCUUGAUUCCCUUCUACCUACUGGUGGAUUUGCUCAUUCCUUUGGCCUUGAAUCUGCAGUUCAGUCCCACUUAGUAUCUGAUUCCAAUGACCUUAAGACAUUUGUUAUCCAUGUCUUGGAGAAUACAGGAAGCCUACUCCUUCCUUUUGUGUUCUCAGCUUCCAUGGUGCCUAAUUUGGAAACCUGGCAUAAGCUUGACAAAAUAUUGGAUGCCACCCUAACUAAUGAAGUUGGUCGAAAGGCGUCAAUGUCGCAAGGAUCUGCAUUAAUGAGGGUGGCUUCAGCUGUGUUUUCUGAGAGUCCCUCCCUCAAAACCAUGAGAGAUGCUUCUCUGGGGUUAGGGACUGUGUAUUUUCAUCAUGCUCCUGUCUUUGGACUUGUAUGUGGAGCACUUGGAUUUGAUAGUACAAGUUCUCAAAGAGCUUACAUGUUCAUCACAAUGAGAGAUGUGAUUUCUGCUGCUACAAGGCUAAAUCUGAUAGGACCCCUUGGUGCAGCAUUGUUGCAGCAUCAGAUUGCUCCUAUUGCUGAAGUUAUAUUAGAAAAAUGGAAGAAUCAUGCAGUCGAGGAAGCUUGCCAAACUAUGCCUCUGCUGGAUACUGUUCAGGGCUGCCAUGGCUACUUGUUUUCAAGGCUGUUUUCAUCUUAAAGGGUGCAAAUGCGGAUAUUGCUUUUCAUAUUUUGAUGGAUGAAAAAAUAUGUAUGAAACAAUUAGUGUUGUGUUUCAGAUUUCAUCAUUUGAAUCACAAUUUUGGAACUUCAAUUAUGCUCACGAUGACAUGAAAUUUAUGUUUUUAAGGC